AUGGCCCAAGAGAAGAAGCCAGACCUGGGCAAGGUCAUGGUCAUUGGAGGUUGCGGCUUCCUGGGCCACCAUGUUGUCCGUCUGCUCUUGCGCGACUACACCUGCUCUGUGUCCGUCAUCGACCUGCGCUGCACACGUAACAGGAGACCCGACUCGGACGGUGUGGCCUAUUUCGAGGCCGAUAUUACCGAUGCGCCCAAGGUCGAGGCCAUCUUUGAGAAAGUCCGCCCUGAUGUUGUCAUCCACACUGCAUCGCCGCCGGCGCAGGGGAACGACAUAGUCUCCCAUGCCCUGUUUAAGAAGGUUAAUGUGGAUGGGACGACAGUAAUUGUCAAGGCAUGCCAGAAAACUGGAGUCAAGGCUCUGGUGUACACGAGCUCAGCAAGCGUCGUCAGCGACAACCAGAACGACUUGAUCAAUGCCGAUGAACGAUGGCCCGUGAUGCGGGGAAAGGACCAGAGCGAGUACUAUUCAGAGACAAAGGCGGCUGCUGAGCAAAUAGUCCUCGCUGCCAACCGUGCGGCAGAAGCCCCCAAGCUGCUGACAUGCUCGAUCCGGCCAUCGGGUAUCAUGGGUGAAGGCGACAUGAUGACGCUGUACCACAUGAUCAAUAUCUACCGUCAAGGACGGACCAACGUUCAAAUCGGCAACAACGACAACCUGUUCGAUUUUACCUACGUCGAGAACGUUGCGCAUGGUCACCUGCUGGCUGCACGUGCCCUCCUGGCCACGGCUGCGUCUAACAUUAUUCCUCUCGAUCACGAGCGAGUUGAUGGCGAGGUCUUUUUCAUCACCAACGACAGCCCGGUCUACUUCUGGGACUUCUGCCGCGCCGUCUGGGCUGCUGCCGGCUCUCCCCACGGUACAGAGCACGUAAAGGUGCUUCCCAAGAGCGUCGGGCUGGUGCUUGGCUACCUCAGCGAAUGGUUCUUCUGGCUGAUCGGAAAGCCUCCCACAUUCAACCGACAGCGCAUCAUUUUCAGCUGCAUGACGCGCUACUACGAUAUCACCAAGGCCAAACGGCGGUUGGGAUACAAGCCGCUUGUGCCCUUGGAUGAGGCUGUUAGAAGAUCGGUGAAGUGGACUUUGGAACAGGAGCAAAAGCAGCAACAAGAAAAGAAUUGA